AUGUCAAUCCCGCCGUCUUCAGCUUCUUCUUCAUCAUCUUCAGCGUCCCAGUUCACGCACACAGCAAAUUCGUACUAUUCCGCGCCUUACCAGCCUCCACAGCCCUACGUGGCGCCAUCGCCUGCUCCAGCGCCGCCGGUGGUACCCGUUCCCGGAGUCUCGGUUUAUCCGCAGCCUGCUGGCCCGGUUCCCGCCGUUUACGCUUACCCUCAGUACCAGCAGGCGCAUCAAUUGUUCCAGAGAGAUGCACAGACCAUCACACCAGAAGCCCUUGAGAACGUGAAAGCCGCUUUGGCAAGUAGUGAAACCGAACACAAGGCGGAAACUAAAAAGAGAGCCAUCCCUCGUAAAGCUGCUGGACAGUCUUGGGAAGAUCCUACUCUUUCAGAGUGGCCAGAAAAUGACUAUCGCCUGUUCUGUGGUGAUCUUGGGAAUGAAGUGAAUGAUGAUGUUCUUUCCAAGGCAUUUGCUCGAUUCCCAACCUUCAAUAUGGCCAAGGUCAUCAGAGAUAAGCGGACUGGUAAAACCAAGGGUUAUGGGUUUGUGAGUUUCUCAAAUCCUGCGGAUCUAGCUGCAGCCCUAAAAGAAAUGAAUGGUAAGUAUGUUGGAAACCGUCCAAUAAAACUAAGAAAGAGCAGCUGGAAAGAGAGAACAGACCAGGAGGCUGCAGAAAGACAAAAGGCAAGUGUCUUGGAUCUGUUUUGA